AUGUAUUAUCGCAGAGUUCGCCGUGUGAAAUGUGGUGAAGAGAAGCCACAUUGCCUGAAAUGUGCCAGUACGGGACGAGGGUGCGUCUAUAGCACCGCUCCUCGCUCAAAAUUCACUGAGCAGCCCCAGCCAGACACAUGCAUCACGCUCUUCUCAGGUCAUGGGUCGCGAGAACGUCGGGCAUUUGAAUACUAUUUUCACAAAGCUGGCCCAUUACUUUCCGGAGUCCUGGAUCAAGACUUUUGGUCAGGCUCGGUGCUCCAAAUUUGUCGUGUAGAACCAGUCAUCUGGGAUGCUAUCAUCUCGCUCAGCACGCUCUACGAACGACCUCCCAUCCACGAGACGAUGCUCUGGUUGCUUGUGAAUAAUACGACUGAUGUACGACAUGAGUAUCAUCGCGACGCGCUCGUAUGGUACUCACGCUCGCUAGCUCUCCUACAGCAACGCAUUAACCAAGGUACGGUAGAACCGAUGGUGGCCUUGAUCAGUUGCAUUCUGUUUAUCACCAUCGAACUCUUGCAAGGAAACCGCAAAGCUGCCCAGAUUUUGUACAAAAAUGGAGCGCAAAUGAUGACUGAUGCUACGUCAACGACUGUGGUCUCCGCCAUGUUCCGCCGUUUGGGAACGUCGGUCUUAGUCGCUAAUGAAUCAUUAGAAGAAACCCGAGUCCUUCAUCUAGCCUUGCCAGAAGGGUACUUUACAUCGAUCCAAGAGGCCAGGGACGUUUUGUAUAGCCUUGUAGCCGAGACAAAGACUCUCAACAAUGACUCCAAGGCUUAUAUGCGCCGAACAGCAUAUGGUCAGUUGCACAAAGUAUCAGAGCUGCUAGCCAGGCAACAGCGCCUAAAAACCCGACUCGCUCAAUGGAAUCAUCUCUUUUCGCACUUCAAGUCUAUGCAUGGCUCCAAUGUCAAUAUCGACGGUGCAAUGGCGAUUCUUCUCAUGAUAUACACGAGUGUUUUCAUUGAAGCAGGAACCGUGCUGAGUUUUGACCAAGGCAUAUACGACACCUACGAAUACGAAUUCGCCCAGAUCAUUGACUUGGCCCCUGCCGCGGUUGCAUGGACACGCAAUUCAGAAGGGAAACAACCGCUAUUCAUGUUUGAGAUGGGUGUGUUCCUCCCUCUCUUUGUCACAGGGCUCAAGUGUCCCUUCCCACAGCUACGCCGCCAGGCAUUACGAUACAUAGUAGAUGCCCCUCCGGCACAAGGGCCGUUUAUGUGCACCCCUGCCGCUCAUAUUGUGGCCCUUUUGAUUGAGCUGGAGGAGAAUCCAGACACCUCUCUUCCAGGAGAAAUCUCUCGAUUUUAUGACCUACUUGCCAAACCGGGGCAUAUCCCACCAGCUCAGCAUCGCACAUGCGAUUUCAGUGUAUCCUCAGUUCUGGAUGUGGACGGCAAGAGUAAGAGAUGGUUAAAUUAUACGAAUUGCCGUUUUGAUGAAGAAGGGAGGGCAUUUUUUAUAGAGAAGAGGGUAUCUAUAUCGUAA